AUGGCCAAUACGCAGGAUACUAGGCCUACUUCUGCUCCUGAAGAGACGACACCACUUCUGCCUCGCGAUGAGCCAAAGGAAAGAGAAGGAAAGCAAAGCGUUUCGGUGCUAUUCCGCGCUUUAUUAUGCGCAUUCCUUGUCUCGAUAACAUUCAGCAUCACCCAAGCUCCAAUGUUGUACGCUUUCCGAAUCUUGACGUGCGACGCGUAUUACGAACAUCAUGAACCGGAUCCGAACGCCACCGAUAUAUGCGCCAGACGGGAGAUCGAAGCUGGAUCGGCUCGAGCUUUUGCCCUGCUUGCAUCAUCAACAACAAUAUUUGGCCUCGUCAACUUACUGGUAGCUGGAUGGACCAUCAAGCGCCUGGGUGUAAAGUUGGCUUUACUUAUUCAGAUCUUUUGGCCAGCUGUUCGUGUGCUCAUUCAAAACAUCGGUAUCAUGCAUGGCGGCAAAGUUGGUAUCAUGAUUGUGCAAUGCUCGCAAAUAAUCACAGUAGUCGGUGGACCAAACGGAUACGUCUUGUGUCUUAAUUCUCUGGUAGCUGAUGUAGUCGAGCAUCAAGCACGAACAGGUGCAUUGGGCCGACUGCAGGGCUGCAUGUAUUUCGGAAGUGCCAUCGGUUUUCUGAUUGGAGGUAUUGUCGGCGACUACUUUGGCAUACUUGCGCCCUUCCGUAUGACCUCGGCGCUAUUCCUACUUUGCUGUGUGUACGUUGCAGUUUCGUUACCUGCUAUGGCGCCACCUAACGAGGAUGAGGAUGCGAAACCUCGCAAGAGUACUGGCAUUGCGCGAUUCUUUGGCCCACUGCGCAUCUUUGCACCACAGAAAUGGGCACUACAGACUGGAACUACGCACAUGCAGUUUGGAGCCCUCACUCUUGGUAUUGGAGUUUUCCUGGGAAUCCUUGCGACUGGUUACAUCCCCAUAUUACUCCAAAUGUACGCAACGGCUGAGUUUAACUUUGGCACCAAAGAGAAUGGAGCAUUGAUUUUCUUGUACUCGUCCCUUCGAGGCGGCUUCCUUUCGCUGGUUUUCCCUCGCAUCGUUGCUGCUGGGCGAAAGUGGCUUGGGGACGGCGAGAAGAUGAAUUCGGAAGAAGAAGAGAGAGAGCCGCCAGUACAUGUUCAUAUCAUACCACCAACACCUGCAGUAACGGAGACUGUCGACCCUCUGGAAAAUGAAGAGCCGGCGAACCCGGAGCCGACGAACGAGCAAGAGACGUAUGCAUUUGAUCUGUUUUAUGCGCGCUUCAGUCUUUUGCUCGAUGGUAUACUUACAGGGUUCGCCGUGUUUGUAUCAAAAGGUUGGCAAAUGUACGUCGUCGCUGCACUGCUACCGUUUGCCGCAGGUACAGGUGCUGCCUCUAAAGGCUCGAUCCUCCAGAUGCUACCGAACAGCGAGCGCGUGGAUGCGCUGAGCGGCAUCACACUCGUGGAGAACAUUGCACGUCUAUCGACUACAGCAGUCUUCGGACUAGCUUUCGCUGCACUUGCCGAAGUUGGUCAAAGUCAUCUAACUUUCGUAUGUAAUGCAGCCGUCGCAUUGCUUGGCUUCGUCGUGUUGCUUCUCUCUCGCUUUCCGCCAAAAGGUAGUCGUCGCAUUGAGGGUUGA